CAGCCUGCAGGGCCGCGGAGACUGUCGUUGGGCGCUGAGGCUGCACUGAGGACCCCCUUGACUGUGGCAAUGGAGGGGGGCCCGGCGGUCUGCUGCCAGGACCCUCGGGCUGAGUUGGUGGAGAGAGUGGCAGCCAUUGAUGUGACCCAUUUGGAGGAGACAGAUGGCAGCCCGGAGCCUCCCAGGAACUGUGUGGACCCUCCGUCACGGACCAGAGCAGCCUCCGUGAUCCCCAGCGGUCCUUCAAGACACCCUGCAGUCCGGCCCAGCCUCUCGACAAGGAAGUUCUCCCUGCAGGAACGGCCAGCGGGGAGCUGCCUGCAGGCCCAGGCUGGGCCUUAUGCCACAGGGCCUGCCAGUCACAUCUCCCCGCGGGCCUGGCGCAGGCCCACCAUUGAGUCCCACCGCGUGGCCAUCUCGGACGCAGAGGACUGCGUACAGCUGAACCAGUACAAGCUGCAGAGUGAGAUUGGCAAGGGUGCCUACGGCGUGGUGAGGCUGGCCUACAAUGAAAGUGAAGACAGGCACUAUGCCAUGAAAGUUCUUUCCAAGAAGAAGUUACUGAAGCAGUAUGGCUUCCCACGUCGGCCUCCCCCAAGAGGGUCCCAGGCUGCCCAGGGAGGCCCAGCCAAGCAGCUGCUGCCCCUGGAGCGGGUGUACCAGGAGAUUGCCAUUCUGAAGAAGCUGGACCACGUGAAUGUGGUCAAGCUGAUCGAGGUCUUGGAUGACCCAGCUGAGGACAAUCUCUAUUUGGUGUUUGACCUCCUGAGAAAGGGGCCAGUCAUGGAAGUACCCUGCGACAAGCCCUUCCCGGAGGAGCAAGCUCGCCUCUACCUGAGGGACAUCAUCCUGGGCCUUGAGUACUUGCACUACCAGAAGAUCAUCCACAGGGACAUCAAGCCAUCCAACCUGCUGCUGGGCGACGACGGGCACGUGAAGAUUGCUGACUUCGGCGUCAGCAACCAGUUCGAGGGGAACGAUGCUCGGCUGUCCAGCACGGCUGGGACCCCAGCGUUCAUGGCCCCCGAGGCCAUUUCUGACUCCGGCCAGAGCUUCAGUGGAAAGGCCUUGGACGUGUGGGCCACAGGGGUCACGCUGUACUGCUUCGUCUAUGGGAAGUGCCCGUUCAUCGACGAUUACAUCCUGGCCCUGCACCGCAAGAUCAAGAACGAGGCCGUCGUGUUCCCUGAGGAGCCAAAGGUCAGCGAAGAGCUCAAGGACUUAAUCCUGAAGAUGCUAGACAAGAACCCUGAAAUGAGAAUUGGGGUGCCAGACAUCAAGUUGCACCCCUGGGUGACCAAGAACGGGGAGGAGCCCCUUCCCUCGGAGGAGGAGCACUGCAGCGUGGUGGAGGUGACGGAGGAGGAGGUGAAGAACUCGGUCAGGCUCAUACCCAGCUGGACCACAGUGAUCCUGGUUAAGUCCAUGCUGAGAAAGCGUUCCUUUGGCAACCCAUUCGAGCCCCAGGCACGGAGGGAAGAGCGAUCCAUGUCUGCCCCAGGAAGCUUACUGUCGAAAGAUGGGUUUGGCGAAGGAGGCAAAAGCCCAGAGCUGCCCGGCGUCCAAGAAGACGAGGCUGCGUCCUGAGCCCCCCGCAUGCGCCCAGGGCCGCCCGGCAGCACGCUCAUCCCGCGCCUCCAAAGGCCCACCGCCCUCAUGCCAACAGCCGCCCCUGCCGGCAGGGGGCUGAGGACUGUGGCCCCUCUCCCGGCCCUCCUCCCCCGUCUGCAUGGCCUCCGCGCGCACGUGUCCAGGGACAGGAUCGGAAUGUGUGUCACCUGGGGUGUAGGGGGUGGGUAAGGGCUCC